CGAGUCGGAGGAGCGGAGAAGCGAUGGCGGUUUUCUCAUAGAGUUCACCAAGGCAAAGUUUAGCUUCUCUGAAAAAGUCUUUGAAUCUAAGCGAGAGGGGAAAAGCCGUCAAUUUUUGGAGUGCUGGUGAAUGACUAAAGUGCGCGCUGGACUGACUGCGAAGCGUUUACUGCUGUGCGUGCGCGCCCGUGACGUGUCCUUGGCGACGGCAGAAUUUUGGGAGCCGCAGUUACUAGUUUGUGAACUUCGGAGAGAGAGCUAACGCGUUAGCACGGCUCUUUAGCCCGCUAGUGUAAAGUGUUUCAAUUAAGUUUGCCAAAGAGUGUUUAUGUGGAGGAUUUGUACAUGUAGACAAGCAAGGUAAUUAGUAACUUAUCUUAGGGAGUGAAAUAAAUCGUGUGUGUAUUUAGCUUGAUUCAUUCGCUUGGGAUGAGCAGGUACUUUGCACCUGUAGCCUCACGGCUUGAAAACUCUCUUGACUUUCCCGGUUGGGUAUGUUGUUUACCUUAAUUUUUACAAACAUUAAAUUAGUUUGUACUUCUGGUUGCGCUGAAAUCGACAGGCUGAUAAUGUAGCUUUUAACGUUACUCUCAAAAGUAAACUAAAGAGUUAGCGUCGCAAAUAUUCCAGCUAAUGCUGAUGUCCCAGCUUCAGAGACACUUCGCACUCCAAGACUGGUUAUCUGGCUUGCGUGUGUUAACAAAGCAAUGCGUCUCUUAACCUCUAUUAAGCCGGAUUUAACCUGACCGACUCCCCAUUAAUGAUAUAAAGUCACCUGGCUGGGGUUCUUAGGAACUUUUUUGUGUGUACGUGUCAUCGAGGAAUACGACUACUGGACUAGUUUACUUAGAUUUGACAUCACGGCACCCUAUGGUGCUCCUGCAGGCACCGAGACAUGGAUGUUCCCCAGGCCGUUUUCCCAAACGGUGAGGGGCGCAUGAGCCUCCAAGACCAUGUCUGGAUGGAGUCCUCCAACUCGGAGGUUUGGGCUCACUCUGUCCCCGUGUGUCCCCGCUCGCUCUGGACCGCGGUGUUUGACUACGAGGCCAGCGGGGAGGACGAGCUCAGCCUGCGGCGAGGAGACGUGGUGGAGGUCCUGUCUAAGGACGCUGCCAUCUCGGGAGACGAAGGCUGGUGGACUGGUAAAAUUAACCAUCGCGUGGGCAUCUUCCCAUCUAAUUAUGUUACUUACCAACCAGUCAUUUACAGAGCGGUAGGGGAUCGCGAGAGUGACCCGUCCGCCCCUGUCCGGAUACCGUUUUCUGAACUUGUUCUACAAGAAAUCAUCGGCGUUGGUGGUUUUGGCAAAGUCUACCGGGGGACCUGGAAGGACCAGGAGGUCGCAGUGAAGGCAGCUCGACAGGACCCCGACGAAGACAUUAAAGCGACUGCAGACAGUGUUAAACAAGAAGCUAAACUUUUCUCGAUGCUUCAACAUCCUAAUAUUAUUAAACUAGAGGGGGUGUGUUUGGAGGAGCCUAACCUGUGUCUGGUCAUGGAAUAUGCCCGAGGAGGGACUCUCAACCGCGCUUUGACGGGCAGAAGGAUCCCCCCUCAUAUCCUAGUGAACUGGGCCGUCCAGAUCGCCAGAGGCAUGCAGUAUCUCCACGAGGAGGCUGUUGUUCCCAUUAUUCACCGAGACCUCAAAUCCAGCAACAUUUUAUUACUUGAAAAAAUUGAGAAUGAUGACAUUGGUCGAAAAACCCUGAAGAUUACUGACUUUGGCCUGGCCCGUGAGUGGCACAAAACGACCAAAAUGAGUGCAGCUGGCACUUAUUCCUGGAUGGCUCCUGAGGUCAUCAAGUCCUCUCUGUUUUCCAAAGGGAGUGAUGUCUGGAGCUAUGGAGUCCUCCUUUGGGAAUUACUGACUGGAGAGGUUCCUUACCGUGGCAUCGACGGUUUGGCAGUUGCCUAUGGAGUGGCUGUCAACAAAUUAACCCUUCCCAUUCCAUCUACCUGUCCCGAGCCUUUUGCCAAGCUCAUGGAGGAAUGCUGGGAGCAGGAUCCCCACAUCCGCCCAUCCUUUGCUUCCAUCUUGGAGCAGCUGACUGCCAUAGAGGAGGCUGUGAUGGCCACCAUGCCGCAGGACUCCUUCCACUCAAUGCAGGAGGACUGGAGAGUGGAGAUUCAAGAAAUGUUUGAUGAGCUACGCACUAAAGAAAAGGUCAAUUUUCAGCAUAAAAUCACAGUUCAGGCCUCUCCGACUAUGGACAAGAGAAGAAGCCUCAACAGCACCAACUCCAGCCCCCCCAGCAGCCCUACACUGAUCCCUCGCCUCAGAGCCAUUCAGUUGAGCCACCCAAGUGACACUAGCCGAAGGGGCAGUAUGUUUGUGUAUCACCAGUAUGUGGAUAUCACAAGCGAGUGUAAACCUCCUAGCGGGUUUAGGAAGAAAGUGACCCUGGAUGAGAGCAACAGGACAUGGGGUCGAAGCACCAAUUACAAACCUGAGGAGUUUGAAGAUGUUAAGAAAGGGUUUAAGAAGAAGGGCUGCACAUGGGGACCAAGCUCUGUGCAGACCAAGGAAGGAGCAAAUUGUACUGAAAGAGUUCGACCUCUUUCAGAUGGAAGCAGUCCCUUGUCCACUAGUCUUAUGAAGGCCCAGAAAUCUGUUCCAUUGGCAGCAUUAUUUGCGGAGCAGGGAACCAAUAAAGAUGAAGUAUGUUCUGCUGAUGGAUCUGACAACAAACCAAAGCAACUGAAGUUCCCCAACCAGGUUUAUAUUGAUCUACCUCUGUGGAAAGAUGAACAGGGAGAGAGCCAGAGGCCGGCUGGUGGAGGUGAGAGCCAGGAAGACCCAACAACAUCCACGAGUUCCACCAGCACCACACCGCAGCACACACCCACCAACAGCCUGAAGUGCACCACCACACGCCGGCGCACAGAUGCUGUUCUCUAUGGCUGUGCCUCCAUCCUGGCAUCUGUAGCAUUCGGCUUCGACCUGUGGGAGGUGUGUAAGGGUGCUGCUAAUGAGGAACCAGAGCCACGUGAGGAGAAGAAAAAACGAGAGGGCCUGUUUCAGCGUGCCACUCGCUUCCGCCGCAGCACCAGCCCCCCUGGUGACCGCUCACGCAAGGAUGAGGUUACCGCAGGACCCGUAAACCUACUCGCCAUGUCAUCGAUUUCUGAGUGCAACUCCACCAAGUGCCUCCUGCAGUCAGAUUUUGAGGGGUCUGGGUAUAACCCACUGAACGAGACUCCAGCUAGCAAUUCCCAGACACAUCAGCAUACAGGCACUAGUGAUGUUCUUCCCUCUGCCCCUGUACAAGAUCAUACUUCUGGAUCCAACUCUCGGCUUAGGAGAAAGAAGUCCAGCCCUGCUGUGUGUCAGACCAUUAAUGGCAACAGUAACUUCCAGGCCAGUCCACCUGAUUCCUCUACCACUUCCCUGAAAAAGAAGGCUGACAGAGAGCCUGCUCAAGAGAAGCAAGCCUCCGGGGAAUCAGUAUCUAGACCCAGACCGCUUUCGCUAAGAAGCAAACCUCACUCCUGGGCUCUUCUAAAGAGCCGCAAUAAGAGCUAUUCUCUCGGGCACUACUCUGGGGAGAAGAGUGCCCAAAACUUGGACAUGGUCCUCCCCUCAGAGGUCAAAAUGGGCUGCUCUUUGCUGGAUAUGGACACAGAGGGUCAAAAACGAGACUGCACAGUUCCCCUCUGUCGAAUACAGAGCACACCAAGUCGACCGUCUGUCUUCGAACUGGAGAAGAAGUUUUUAUCCUGAAAUAAGCUGCAUCUGGAACAGUCUUACUUUUGUCUUGAAUCUGUCUGUUCAACAUGACAUUUAGUUGGUUUGGUGUUUUUUUCCCCAAGAUUAACAUGGCCUUUGAUCAAUAUUUGAGCCAUUGCUGCUAGAGAUAUUCUGUGGUACUUUUAUAUGCUGUUUACUUUGAUAUGUAAUUUAAUAUGAAGUGACAUAUAUGAAGUGAAUGAUCAGCAUUCCACUGAAUUUACAGUUAGAAUUGCUGGUUUGUAGUUUUUACAAAGUGACUUGAAUUGUAAACCUUUUACACUGAUGAGCAAGAUCUCAGAUUCUGUUAGAAACUACUGAUUUUUAAAGUGUUCAGGCAUUCUUGUCAUUUGAUUUCAUAUCACGUAAUGUCAUAUGAAAGGCAUAAACAGGGCCCACAGUGUUUAUAUAAAUAAUAAUAGUUGUACAGAUGAAGUGGCAUAGCUAAUGUAGCUAACAGACCUCGUGUUUGCUAGCUCAAACAGCGCUUCAAGUUCCCUAGCUCAUUAUUUUUCCUGUACUAAUACAUUACAUUUUCAGGGUUUUGUCUUUUAUGACCUGUUUGAAAUUGAUUCCUGGUGGUCAGCAUAAUUUCUUUCUGAUCAUUUUUUGGAACAUUAUUUUUUUCGUAAAGUUAUAUUGGAUAGACACCUUAUGGACUCUCUCCUUUUAUAGCUUUAAGUCAGAUGCAUUUUAUCUAAUUAUGUCUUUUAGAAGUGUACACAUGCCUAUAGCUUUUUAGGUUGCAUAACCCAAAUGAGAAGCUAUAUAUAUAUAUAUAUAUAUAUAUAUAGGUGGUUCAUUAUGCUGCCAAAUAGUGAUAAAUGAAUUAGCUAUAUUGUUAGUGUCUAUCAAUAUUGCUAUUAUUUCACAAAUCAUUCCAGUCUAUACAAACUCUGAAAAAUGAAUUUAACUAAUAGAUUUGUUAAGCACCAGGAUGCUACUUAAAAACUGUUACCGUCUGAGUAGCUUGUUUUUGAGUUUUACACUGCUGUAGGUUCACUAAAAGUUUAAAAUAAUAAUUGAUUAUAUGACGUGAAAUCAAGAUUUGGUGUACCUUUCCUUAAAAUAUACUUCAGCUUGAACUGUGUGUAAGUGAUUUAAACUUUUUUAGCUGUCAUUCUAUAUAUUCAAACUGUUUUCUUAAUCAUUACCCUGUGUAAAAGACUGAAUUAUACGCUUGUUCAUUGUCUACUGUGGACUUCAGUAUCUUGCGUUUCCAUUUUCUCUCUGUGUGUCACUUAAAAUAUUGUUUUGUAUCUUCAAGAUGUGGAGAUUGAGAUUCAGAACAUGCUUAAUUGAACAAAUUGAAAGAUUUUGUGCUUGUAGGGUGUCAAAUGGAAGAGUACUGUACUCUUAGUUUGCUGGAAAAGAUGUGUUUGAGAAACAACUCGGUAUUGAAAAGCUUGUUAUAGUAGGGACUAGAAUUAUUUACUGUAAUUAUAUCAUUCAGGAUAAAUGUAUUGUCUGUUCAGGAAUAAUCACAGGUUUUCCCACUGCCUCCUGUUCAGAAAACAGCCAUUAUGUGGUGAUGUUUUGAAGGAAGAACAAAAUAUGUUUUGUAGCACUGGAAUUUUUGAGUCAUGUAAUGAUGAUUGUUCAUUACAUUUAUGCUGUUAUUGUUUUAAGACAUGAUGAUUACCGUUAGUUUAGAUAUGCAGCUGCACAUUAGGAUUCAUAAGAACAAAGGACUUGGAGAGAUAUUGUGGUGCCUCCUUUUUAUGUCUUGAAAUGAUCAUUACUAGAUGAAGUAAUAAUAAUAUGAUGCCUGUUUUUGAAGAAUUCAUCUGGUGUUAUUGUCUAAGCACAAUCAUUUCUCUUAUUAUGGGAGAACUGCAGAGAUCAGACCUUUUUUUUUUAAAGCAGUUUUAUUUGGACCGAUUCCCAAACGUGAAGGACACAGAUGUGUGAAUGACAGAAAACCUUUAGAGAAAGCAACAGAUGAUUUAUGUUUUCACCAAAGUUGAAGUCUUGGAUUGUGAAAUGAUUUUGAAAGAUUGUUACAUGGUACACAUGCACUGCUAAUAGUUUUACUGGUUUGCUUUUUAGUGUCUGCACAGUGUAUGCUCUAUUGAGCUCUGUUUUUAUCCAAUGUUUUACCCAUGUGACCAGUUUAAAUUUAUGUUAAAAGCUGUUCUGUUCAGAUGUGGACUGGUUAUUUGCUCCAGGAGGGCUCAAAGAAAAAAGGGCUGAGCCCAGAAUCAUCUCAUUUAUAUCAAAUCCUACUAUUUUAAUGUACACAAGUGACCAAUAAAUACUUUAUACAACAUUUAAGCAUUGCUUUUAUAAUUUAUUUCGUUUUACUUUCAGUCAUAUGCUGCAACCAUUUAUUUGUUGCGUUUCAACACUGUAUCAUAAUAUUUAACUACUUCUGUUUGGUGUUCAGUUCUCAGCCCUAAACGUGACUAUUAGUUCAUGUUUUUAUUUUCAUAAUUCGUUAGCCUUAAAGCUGAAGCGUGCAUGUAUUUUAAU